AGUACGGUAAAGCUUCGGUAAAGCGACUUCGAUCUUUUUCCGUUAUUGCACCCUUUAAUUCCAUCGCCAUGCCACGAAAAGCUUUAACUUGCAGUGUAGCAUUAGAUAUCUAUCAGAUAACAUGCCCAGGAACACGGCAUUUGAACGACAGGAAUAUGCUUUUUCUGUCGGUUUGUAUUUUGGGACAAACGAAGAGGACUAAGUCGGUGUUUGCGACGUUCCCUCUCGCACUGAAUGAAAGGGUGUACUUUGAGAGGACUUUUGUAAAUGCAAGGGAACCUACCCAUGUGAUGGGGAUUUUGGAAGACGAACAUGUGUUGUUUGAACUUGUCCAAUACUCUGAUGUGUAUAGGGGAGGGAAGGUUCUGGCUCGCUAUGAGCAAUCAGCCAGGGAAUUUCUGUAUCCCACACCUACCCUGACAGGCAAAGAUGGUGUGGAAAGGGAGCUGUUACUGGGAAGAACAGUACACUUUACUGGUAUUGAUCCUAAGUUGGAGUUCUCGUCAAACUCUUUGAUUCAAGAGACAACUGUUCCUGGAACAUAUAGGGAACUUACCAGUGUCGGCAAUGAUGAUGAUGACGGAUCUUCUUCUAGUUCUGAGGCUGAAAGCAGCUCAGAAACAGAAGAAGAGCUCAUUUUAACACCAGCUCCAACACACCAUAACCACAGUAUACAUACCAGAGAGUACCACUGCAUUUGUGAAUGUCCAAGGCGCCCUGAAAAUAAUGGGAGAGUAACCUUACGAUCAAGGUCUCUGUCUCCGACACACAGACCAAAGUCAGCCACACCUUCCCUCAGACCUCCAUUCAAGGCUGGCAAGGCUGAUGACAAGAUCAUUUCUCGUCGCAAGUUUUUAAUCCCGGGACAGUCUAAACGGAAGAGUAAAGUCAUUCCUUUGGAGGGAGGCCCUGCUCCGUGUCCAAAUUGUAGAGUUCCUCAUAAAGAAUGCAUUGUCUGCCAAGCGUACCUGAAAGUCUAUGGCAGAGACUUCCUGAAACAUCGGUUUGGUCGCGUUCCACACAGGCGGACCACAUCUACACCGGUAUACACGUCUUUUGCUUCAGAACCACCGAGGGUUCGUGCUCCUGCAUUUGAUGACGAUCCUUUGAAUGUAUCAAGGGCCUAUAGUGAGCCCAUUCCGAGAAGCAGAAGAAUAUUUCCACGGGACCCUAAUGGAUACGGCUCUUAUUUGUCAUCGUCUAGUCAAGAGAUUCACGACCGGGUAGAGCAAUCGAUGAGACGGCGUUCUCCGGUUCCUACUUACACUUCCCAAACGUUUGUGGAACUGUCAGAUUCUGACGACGAUGACAGUUUGCUCUCGUUACAAGAACUGAGAUCUGAAAUAAAUGGCGCCCGGUUGGAAUCUCUGGACAGAUCAUUUGAGGAUCCCGAACAUCCCACUUUAGGGACAAGACUGGACCGAAGCCUUCGAGGUUAUUGACACGCAAGGUGUAUGGAAAAUCGUUGAUUUCCUGUCGAAAGUGUGACUGUGCCUCUAUCACGUGACUCCUUCUGGUCCAAUCAAAAGUCUCAGUUCGCCGGGCGAUCACACCGAGCCUUAUUUGAAGAGUCAUUACACGAGAUUUAUCGGAACAUGUACAACAGUGUAAAAGAGUCUCACUAUUAACGUCGCGACGUGAUGUCUCAGGAAAAUCCUAUCCAAAGUUCGGGUCCUUCAAACGAGAACUCGCAAAGAUGGUUACUGCAAGUGCUCCUGCUUCAUUAUAGGAGCUGUGGAACCUGAAAGUGAUUCUAGUCUGCCAGUUCUAACAGUUUUACAGAGUUUAGUAUUUGAACUUUACCUCAGCAACCCUUAAACCUUUCACGUGUUUUAACAAUUAUUUAUGACACCAGUGUUCCUUUGUCUGGUCCGUUCAUAGCGGCAUGCUUUGUUUAGCUCGGAGUGACUAAUCACUGGGAAUUCGAGAGUUUUUAUGUAUCAAGUUAAUAGAAAUAAAUUUAUAUACUUCUUGAGGGCAGUAAGAUGAUUUUGUAUGACUUCUAUUUGGAACGUUUCUUGUGAAAAGAAAAGCCUGACGACACUGAAUUUCUCCCUGCGUAUUUUUUGGCAUAAAGGGGAGCCUCUCGAUACCCGACUCAGUUGAUUUCUGCCACUAUUUAUGCUUUUAACAUGACACUUAUCAAAAUGGAAAAUCACCUUCUUAAAAACAACCAUAAGUAAGUAUGCAUUUCCUGUGCUUUCUUAACACUUUUGCAAUCAAGAGGACCAAAACUGAACCCAAAAAGGUAUACCCUUUUUUGUAUCUCUGUAGCUAAGCGCGCUCCGAGUAACCAGCUUUGCAUUAAGUGCUCUCCGGCACUGUCCGCCAUAUUUAAAAAUGUUUCUGUUGCCAACCCUCUUGUUGGAUGGUUUUCUUAAAGUUGUGACAACGAUUUGCUUUAGUCUUGCGUAUGUUCUUCGUAGCGGGUACGCCGUGGUUAGGAGUCGUACAAAAAAAAAAUGUCGAUACAGGGGCUCGAGUCCCAACUGUGUUAAACAACACGCGACCAAAUUCAUUCAAUUAAAAAAAAUAAUAAUAACCUCACUGCAGAUCCACGUAUUCUUAGAUUGAAGUGUACAGUCUCUAACAAUGAUUGGCUUAAUGAUCAGAUCACGCUCGUUACACGUGGAUACAAAGAACAA